UCCUGUCCGGAGGGAAAACCUUCCGCUUCCAAUGAUGUCUACCUGCACUGAUGUCUGUCUUCUCCAGAAAAACCAGCUUCAGACAGCUGAGCAUCGACUCUGCCCACCCUGUGCCCAGGCGUUGCAGGCAUCCUCGUAACCACCUGGGUGGCUCUCGUGUCCAGCCUGGGUUCCAGCCUCACUGAGCCGUCCCCACCAAGACCUUCCUGCAGAGGGGCCGCCCCCGCUCAAGCGCUAACCAUGUCCAUCAUGGACCACAGCCCCACCACCGGUGUGGUCACGGUCAUCGUCAUCCUCAUCGCCAUCGCUGCCCUGGGGGCCUUGAUCCUGGGCUGCUGGUGCUACCUGCGGCUGCAGCGCAUCAGCCAGUCAGAGGACGAGGAGAGUAUCGUGGGGGAUGGCGAGACCAAGGAGCCCUUCCUGCUGGUGCAGUACUCGGCCAAGGGACCGUGCGUGGAGAGGAAGGCCAAGCUGACCCCCAACGGCCCCGAAGUCCACGGCUGAGCCGGGAUGCGGAGGCUCCUGGGCCUGUCUGCCGCCAGCCGAGAGGCGCAGUAGGGGCGAAACCACAGACGUGCUGCCAUCUGAGAGGAAGGGUUGACGCUUGCUGGCAUGGCCUCGCCGGACUUCGUCAUCGCAUGCACCGACUCCUGGGAUCCCGGAGGUCCUGAGCCAGGGCUCAGUGGCACUGGGCAACCCCUCAGCCUCCUGGUAGGACUGCCCAUUGCAGGCAGUGGGCAGGCCUGACCUUGCUGGGGCUCACGGCCCCACAGCGCUUUUGUUACUUGAAUGUUUAGCUGAGCCUGUUUUUGAUGGAGCUACUACUGUAACGCGUGAACUCACAAGCCUGUGAACUGUAAAUAGGCCCCAGAAGCAUGUGCUUAAGCGUCUUUUGCUGAUUUUUAAAAAAUAUAGAGCACAUGGGACUGUCCGUACUAACGCUGAGCUGAGUCAAGGCGGGAGGGAGGGUCUUAGACUUGUAAGGCCCACAUUGCAUUUGGCAGGGGUCUCAGAUACACGUGUGUAUGUAGAGAACGUGACACGUCGGCUUUAAGUCUCGCAGCUGACCCGUUGGGGUGCUUUGGCGAUUUCUGCUUCGUGAGCAAUGAAUGGGAGCAGCAGCACGUCCCGCCCCCUCCUGCUCUAGGUAGAUGAGGUUGUUAAAUGCCAGUUCCUGUUGCUAGUGGAGUGAUUGCAAGGAAGCUACUGCAGCUGCUUGGGAGCCGGUGAAGGACGAGUCAGGGCCCGAGGCCCGAGUCCCAAGGCUGCCAGGCGUCCUAGUGGCAGAGCAGUUUCUGGCCCCCAUGGUCUUGAGCAUGCUGAGCACCCUGCCCCCCACCCAGCUUUACUGAGCACAGGCUUCGCUAGAAACACCAGAGCCACGGUGGCUACCUGUAUCCCAAACCCAGUUGGCCCAGGAAGGAGAGAACAUUGUGGUUUUUGUUUGUUGUCGUAUUUAAUAUUUUCUGCACUGGAGGGGGCGGUGGGGGGUGCUUGGUUUCUUCCCCCUGCCCUUUUCACAAAUUCGCUUCCUUUCCUCCCAGAUUCCCACCCACUUGCUGGGUCCUGGAUUUGAUUUUCCUCAGUGGGCCACCUAGAAGGAGGGUCCCCUGACCUUACUCUGAGAGCGCCAGGUGUCACUUCUUGUGUGCCUGUGCACGCAGGAGCCCCCAGCAGCCUGUGCUUAGUGGGUGCCCAGGGGAGGGGGCUGGGGGAAGAGGGAGUUUCAGGUUCAGGAUUUGGUUUUCGAAAAGGUGAGGCGUUUGGUGGCUCUUGGUCAGGCCAGUGAUUCCCAGCCUGCCCCUCCGAGAUGUCCCUUGUGUAUACUUCAGUGAACUUGCUUAGGUUUUUAAUCCCACCACUGUAAGCACACCCUAAACUAUCAUGAUUAAAAUGUGAUGUGUGUCUGCAUCCUCGGGAAUAAACUGGAGGCCAGCCCUGGGUGAGCUGGGGAGCGCUGGCCCUCAGCACUUGAGCCGCCUUGCCAGCAGCAUGGGCAGGGAGCUCCCGGGUGGCCAGGGGCUGGCCCCUAUUCCCAGCUCCCCCUCAAAGCUCUGGCCUCCUGGUCAGGCGGAAGGCAGCUCCUCUGGCCUCAUCCAAAUCUCUAAAAAGCAUGUUGAACUAAUCAACUUGCUAGAACCCCUAGUCGGGAGCUUAAGGAACACUUCUUUUAGUGGCGUACCCCUAAAUUAACAGUCAAACAUUAAGGUGUAGCUUGGGGGGAGGGGAGGAGUAGCUAGUUAGGCCAUUUGAGCUGAAGGCAGGCUUGAGACAGCACAGGUGGGCUACUAAGGAAUCCUUAGAAGGCAGCCGGGCUUUUGUACAGGGGAGGAAAUGCCUUGGGCCCCCACCUGGGGAUGGCCAAGCAUGAGUCAGGCUGGAGACCAGCAGAAGGCCCUGUAAGCAGCACACAGGGUGCGGGCGGGAGGAGGGAUCAGAAGUUCUAAAGGGGUCAACUGGAAGGUCAGGGAGAAGGUGUUUCCUAAUGAAGGACAUAAGAAAAAUGGGGCAGGUGUAGGGGUGUUCGAUCCAUUCCCCUCACAUUUCAGAACUUCAGGCUUUCUACCUCUACUUUCCGCAGCCGGCAGCCUGCACCUAAGGCUGUCUGUCCUUUACCCAAGUAACCGAGGAGCUCCCGGGACUUGCAUUUUCAGUCCCCGAGCCUGACCCUGAAAAUGACCAUUGCUUGACUGUCAAACUCGCCCUGAGCUUCUUACCGUGCCGGUGCAGUUUCGGUUUUGAAAAGAUGAGGCAUCACUUUCUCCUCAGUUUCAGUCCUGGAGGUUCCUUGUCCCACGACAUCUGUGCCAUUUGCAUCAGGCCCAUCAGCACAGUGUCAGUGCCGGGUGAGGGUCACGGGCAUGGUGGGACACUAGUGGGUUCUCUGGAGGCAAGUGGAAGUGCCUGCAGAACUGGUGACCAACCGCGUAACAGCUUUCACUGUUCUUGGUCAACAGCUACUUUUUUUUUAGCAUAGACACCAGAGCCACACACUCAAAUGGCUUAGUUAAGUUAUGACCUCUCAUUGAAUUCUUUCUGAAUAGCCCAACUGUUGCGUCCAAGUUUUCUGACUAGCCAGUCAGGACAUUAGCCUUUCAUUCUGCAUGUCAUCGCAGAAGCAACAGCAGGGGGAUGGGGAGGGAACGCCGACACUGAGCCACUCAAACAUGGACUAACUUUUCAGACAAACCUUCAAGUGGACUGUGCUACUGUUUUUGUCGCCAAGCUACCAAGUUUGUGCAAUAAGUGGAGGGGAUGUCAUCCCUGUUCAAUAAAAGCUGAGUGACAUUCAAGCUGAUUUUCUAGACCACUGAGAAAAUCUUUAUUUACAAUAAAUUUCAAUAAAAUUUGCAUAAAUA